GAACAAAACCUGUGUGUGUUUGUGCCGUUUGGACUGAACAGACAGCAGACCUGGUUUUCAGACGCGCUGAAAAAAUUAGGAAAUGUAAAUCUCACAAACAGUUAGUCACCAAAAGAAGCACAAUGAGUGUCUGGCCACAUUACAGCCAAAGGAGUUACAACACAGCACCAACCGUAAAGUACAACGGUUUGUGGAGUGAAGGAUCCUCAUGCAGCCUGAACAGUGUGCUGCAGGUUCUGUUCAUGACCAGAGAGUUCAGAGAGGCCGUGCAAAGGCACACUUUUAAAAAUCCUUCCUCUCCAUAUAUUGAUCAUUAUCUUCAAACCUUGUUUGCUGAGAUGGAGAUGCGUACAGGUUCCACAGCCAACAUCAGGAAGGCACUGGGCAUCCAGAAUGUAUUUCAACAGGAUGUUGGAGUAGAGAACUUUGAGAAGAUUUUAAGUCUGACCAGUCCUGAGGCUUCACAGAUUUUCUGUGGAAAGUUGGUGAAGAACAUUAAAUGCUGUGGAUGUGGAACAGAGAACAAUAUUGAUUUUACAUUUUGGAGUUUACCUCUUGAACUGGUGAAUUCAUCCACUCACACCUACAGCGUGGUGGAAGGUGUUGAGCAGUUUUUCAAACCAGUGAUCAGUGAUCAGGUUUACUGUGAGCGUUGUGGAAAAACAAACGCUUCUGUUGAGACUAAAAUCACGACUCUCCCAGACGUUCUGACACUGAUGUUGAAGAGGAUUGAACAUAGCGACGGUUUUCUGAGAUAUGAUGUGAUCUGCUGCCCGGUGGACGUUCCCUUCACACUGUUCUCACCACAAAAUCAGACGUAUUCGCUGUAUGCCGUUGUGGAUAGACAUGACACACAUUACUCCGCCUCCAUCAAGUCCCCAGAUGAUGACACCUGGCGCAUGUUUAGUGAUUACCUCGUCAUGGUGCUUCAUCACGAAUCAUUCCAGGACAUGAACAUAAGGUCCUCCAGCGCUUAUCUUCUCUUUUACAGGAAGCAGAAAACUGCAGAUGUGAGAGGAGCAGGUUCUCCUGAGGACCUCCAGACUGAAGCUGUACAGAUCAAACAAACGGACGAAGACGAGGGGGAGAAAGAAGAGCGCGGGGACACUGCAGAGGGACCAGCAGAGAAAGGACAGAAAGAUAUGUCCAUGUCUGGUUCUGCAGGUACGAGACAAAGGACAAAGAAGGAAGAAAGUCCUGGAGAAGGUUACGUGGGAAAACAAGGAGAAACUGCUGGGACACAAGUUCUGGGGGGAAAGCAGCAAGAAAGAAGGGAUGGACAGCAGGUGAAGAGACGGGACAUGGAUCAUGAAACAUCAGCCAGACAGAAGAGAACAUCAAAGCAUGUAGGGGGCGGGGUUAAUGCAGGACAGGACACAACAAGUUAUUAUGACAGUGAGACAAUGAGGGACACAUCCUUAAGACAUCAAGACCUGAAUGUCCAGAAAGCUGCUGAAGUAGACAAAAAGAAAGAUGCUGAACAUUUUCUAAUGAAAGCAGAGUCUUCACAAAGUGUCAGAUCAUCAGCAAACAAAGAAACCAAAAAGGUUUCUAAGAACGACAGUCAGACGGAGUCUGGUGCGUCUCCAGCGCUGGUAAAGUACCACGGUUUGAUGAACCGAGGACAGACGUGUGACCUGAACAGUGUCCUGCAGGUGCUGUUCAUGACCUCAGAGUUCAGAGAGGCCGUGCGAAGACACACUUAUGAAAAUCCCAACACUAACUUUAUUGAUCGUCAUCUUCAAACCUUGUUUGAUGGGCUGAAGAUUCAAACGUGUUCUGCAGACAUCAUCAUGAAAGCACUGGACCGCCACAAUGGGACAGACAGUUUGCACACAGACCCAUUAUAUGAACGACGUGAUGCUGCAGAGUACUUUCAGAGGAUUUUACGUUGGUCCAGUCCUGAGGCAUCACAGGUUUUCUGCAGCGUGUUAACUCACAAGAACAAAUGCUCUCGAUGUGGAAUGGAGAACAACACAGAUUGUUUGUUUUGGAAUUUACCUCUUACACUGGAGAACUCAUACCAUCAGGACUAUCAUGUGGUGGUGGGUGUCGAGCAGUUUUUCAAACCUUCUGAGAUGAGUGGAGACAACCAGAUGUACUGUGAACACUGUGGAACCAAAACAGAUGUUUCUGUUGAAAGGAAAAUCAAGACUCAUCCACAGGUUUUGAUUCUGUUGCUGAAGCGGUUUGAAUUUAACAGGCGUUCCCAGAGAUGUGAGAGAAUCGACUGCCGCGUGGACGUUCCCUGCUCCCUCCACAUCCCACAGAAUCAGAGAUAUGAGCUGUACGCGGCCGUGCGUGACGCUCAGCGAGGUGCCGACAUCAAGUCCCCAGAUGGUGACGGAUGGUACAGAUUCCAGGAUUCCAGCAUCACGCCGCUUCAUCACGAAUCAUUCCAGGACAUGAACAUAAGCUUUAGGUCCUCCAGCGCUUAUCUUCUCUUUUACAGGAAGCAGAAAACUGCAGAUGGUUUGAAUCAAGAUGUGAGAGGAGCAGGUUCUCCUGAGGACCUCCAGACUGAAGCUGCACAGAACAAACAAACGGAGGAAGACGAGGAGGAGAAAGAAGAGCGCGGGGACACUGCAGAGGGACCAGCAGAGAAAGGACAGAAAGAUAUGUCCAGGUCUGCAGGUACGAGACAAAGGACAAAGAAGGAAGAAAGUCCCAGAGAAGGUUACGUGGGAAAACAAGGAGAAACUGCUGAGACACAUGUCAGAGGAGAAGUAGACCAAAAGAAAGAUGGUGAAUAUAAAGGAGAGUCUUCACACAGUGUCAGAUCAUCAGCAAAGAAAGAAACCAAGAAAGGUCGUAGCAAACAAGACAACAACAAACGUUUCAGUUUUCCAGCACCCAUAAAGUACCACGGUUUGAGGAACCAAGGACAGACGUGCUACCUGAACAGCGUGCUGCAAGUGCUGUUCAUGACCUCAGAGUUCAGAGAGGCCGUGGGACACUUCGACACCUGGAAAACACGUGACUCAUCUUGUCCAAAUUAUCUUGAUCAUCAUCUCAAAAGCUUGUUUGACGAGAUGAAGAAAACAACAUGUUCUCCAGUCGCGAUCACAAAGGUGCUGGGCAUCCAGAACGUAUUUCAACAACAAGAUGCUGCUGUGUACCUUGACAAGAUUUUAGGCCUGACCAGUCCUCAGGCAUCAAAGAUUUUCCACGGAGAGCUGACACAUAGAAACGUGUGCCGCGGGUGUGAAGAGGAGAACAACACAGACGCCUCAUUUUGGAGUUUACCUCUUGAACUGGUGGAUUCGAACAAUGAGCACUACAGUGUGGUGGAGGGUGUUCAGAGGUUUUUCCAAACUUCAGAAAUCAGUGGAGAAAAUCAGAUUUACUGUGAACGCUGCAGCGCCAAAGCCAACGCCUCUGUGAGUCGUAUAAUUAAGACUCAUCCAGACGUUCUGAUGCUGCUGCUGAAGAGGUUUGAAUUAAGCUACACUUACAUGACAUUUGUCAAAAUCGAGUGCAGUGUGGACAUUCCGUAUGUCCUUCACCUUCCACAGGAUCAGACCUACGAGCUGUAUGCACUCGUGAACCAUGCUGGACAUCCAGGAGGUGGACAUUACACGGCCACCGUAAAGGCCCAGGAUGGUGACAGAUGGUACAACUUCAAUGAUUCCACGGUCACAGCGCAUCAAAGUGGACAAUUUCAGGACCAAAGCGUCCUUAGGUCCCACAGCGCUUAUCUUCUCUUUUACAGGAGAAAGAGCAAGCACGCCACGGGCACGGGGAAUGACGACCACAGUGAGGACGUCUCUGCUGAGGGCCGUCACAGUGAAGCUGCAACAUACACGCACACAGACGAGCGUGCACGGGCAGGAGAUGAGUCCCACCAUUCUGCAAGUUACGGUGAAAACCUUUGGAACUUCUUGUUAGCAUGCACCGGAUUAUAGGACACUGGAGAGCUGAGAAGAAACCUGGGAAGGACAAGGAAACUGGAGGAAAGGAAGCAAUUAAGACGGACAUGUGCAGGACUUUCACUAAACACAUCAAAUCCAGGCUGCAUCUCAGAUGUUCCUUCUGGCAAAUUGUAGCUGAACUUUCAGGUCUUGUUUUGAAUAAAAUCCUCCUCUGCUCCACUUCAUCAUGAAGCUGGAUAACUGAUGAUACAAAAUGCAAAACUUGCACUGUGAACAAUU